AUGUCUGUGCUGAGGUUUGGUGCUCGCAGCUUUGGACGAGAUGACAAGGGCUUCACUGCUACCACUCUAAACAUCCGGUCCAUAGAGAUCAACGCCCCUACGAUACUGCGGUCUAAGACCAUCUUCUCGAAGUCCUUGACGAAGCUGUUGGAAUGGAGAGCACUGCUCACGCCCCGUAUGCGCUUCAUUCUAGACGGGUCCGGACCCGAGAACGCUGUUCCGGAGCAGUGCGCCGGACUGAACCAUACCCUUGCUGGUCUGGCAGCUGAAGACCACGACUUGGAAAUCUCCUUCGACGUGCAAUGUACCCCUGAACGUCUCGCGGACUGGAUCGCGGCCAUCUCGGCUUGCUUCCCUACCCUCAUCGUUUGCGGAACGCGCGUCGAGAUGGUCUGCAGUACCACGAGAAAUUGUCUUAAAGGCGAUCGGCGACCCGUCGCCGAGCAUAGGUGGUCGUAG